AGGCACACCUGCUCCAGCUGCUGGACCAGCUCGAGGGCAUCGGGGAGCGGCAGCGCUCCGUCGCGAGCCUGCUGGAGGAUAAUUUCGCGGCGUUGCUGCCAGAGUUCGUGUAUCUGGAUCCUGUUUGGUUUCGCGCCUUUCCCGCCAGGUUUGCGGGCAGAUGGAGCCCUGGGGCUCGGGCGACGCCACUGGCCGGGUCGAGCCCGACGAGGAGCGCGACCCGACGAUCUACAGGGCCGCCGGCUGUCUGGAGCUCCAGGUUCCCGAAGGGCACCGCGUGCUCAUGAAGACGGAGGGGGUCUUCUCGGACUUUUGCGAGCUGGUCGCGCAGGACGUGACCUUCAAGCCACCGCCUCCGAAUGUCUACGAGCUGAGGCUAAAGGACAAGCUCGUGCGUCUCAUCGAAUUUGAGAUUCCUGGUGUUCUGCGCAAGGACAUCGUCUUCAAGAAGGGCAACCGUGGCUACACGGUGAACCUCGUGAGGGCCAAGGACGCGUCUUUGGUUGGCUACGGCGUCGCGCCCAAGUUUCCGGCGCCGAGAAACCCUGUCGGAGAGUUCUCUUUCGACCUGUUCUUCGAGGACGGCGUGUGGGAGCUGGACGGCGGGAGAGAAGCCGUCUGCCACGACAACGGGGUAUUGCGCAUCCGGCUGAAGCAGGACCUGCAGGGCGAGGUCUUCUCGCUGGACGACCUGUGAGGUGCGCUGUUCGACAGCCUCUUCGAGUUCGUGGCGUAGCUGCUUGCUCAGGUCUCUGAGCGCUAGUAUGUAGUAUACCUCUGCACGAAUUCUCCUCCUCCUCCUCCUCCUCCUCCUCCCCUUCCUCCUCCUCUUUCUUCUGCCCCCUCCGCCCCUCCUCCUUUGACUAAUUAGCCCUGCGGCACUCUGGUUUCGUGCAUCGGCCGCGCAGAGUAACGCGCACGCUGAGCGGAGAAACAUGGCCAUGCAGGGGACCGCAUGUGAAACGUGAAUGCGUGGUGAG